AGUGCACGCGCAGUACGACUCGCCGCCGUCCGUAGACCGAGGAGAAAAAGGGGAGAGAGAGCGCGGCGCGGAGAGGAGCUGUGGCAGGAGGGCGACGUGACGGGAGGACUCGGAACAGAAGCCCUCGGGACUACGGCGGGAGAGAGCGAGAGGGAAGGGAAACGAGAAACCGGAUCAUAUCUAGGUCCCACAGCGGAUCUGGAGGUCUGAGCGGCCGGAUACGUGGUGCGGACGCUUACGCGCGACAGCGUUUCUCUGCGGUAAAAUCAGCCGGAGUUUUUUGGACAGGAGGCGCACGGCUUGCCUGCUCUUCCUCGUCAGAGAGAGAGAGAGAGAGAAAAAAGAGGGUUUAUAGCGGGAGGUUUACGAAGCAGCGGACUGAAGGCGCAGUGGAGGAGUUGGGAUGUCCUGAGUCAGUCCUCUGGGCCCAGAGAGCGGUGUGCUGAUGGGACCUGCUGCGCCACCAUGAGUUUACAAGAUGGCGGCUGCAGCUACGCCAGCAGUGCCAACAUGGCCACCGCUAGUGGCAGCAUGCGGCGGCGCCUGGAGGACCAGGAGUUCACCCUGCGCGUCUACCCAGGCGCCCUGGCUGAGGGCACCAUCUAUUGCCCCGUCAGCGCCCGCAAGAACACCACAGCUGCUGAAGCCAUCGAUUGCCUCAUCGACCGGUUGCGCCUGGAGCGUACCAAAUGCUAUGUGUUGGCCGAGGUGAAGGAGUUUGGCGGGGAGGAAUGGAUCCUGAACCCCGGCGACUGCCCUGUCCAGCGGAUGAUGUUAUGGCCACGAAGCGCCCUGGAGAAUCGCAGCGGUCUGGGCAGCGGCGAUGACUACCGUUUCCUCCUGCGGGAGAAGAACCUGGAUGGAUCUAUUCAUUACGGCGGCAGCCUGCAGAUGUGGCUGCGGGUGACUGAGGAGCGUCGGCGCAUGGUCGAACGGGGCUUUCUCCCCCAGCCAGCAGGGAGCGACCCUCCGUCCGACCUCUGCGCUCUCCCGGAGCUAACAGAGCGCGCCCUUUUGGAGAGCCUCCGUGCGCGUUUCCGCCAGGAGAAGAUCUACACUUACAUUGGGAGUAUUCUUAUUGUGAUUAACCCAUUCCAGUUCCUGCCAAUCUACAAUCCUAAGUAUGUCAAAUUGUACGACAACCACACACUGGGGAAGCUGGAGCCCCACAUUUAUGCUGUGGCAGAUGUGGCAUACCAUGCCAUGCUACAGCGAAGAAAGAACCAAUGCAUAGUAAUCUCUGGUGAGAGCGGGUCUGGGAAGACCCAGAGCACCAACUUCCUCAUUCAUCACCUGACUGCACUCAGCCAGAAGGGGUUUGCCAGCGGGGUGGAGCAGAUCAUCCUGGGAGCCGGGCCUGUGUUAGAGGCCUUUGGGAACGCCAAGACGGCCCACAACAACAACUCCAGCCGCUUCGGCAAGUUCAUCCAGGUCAACUACCAGGAGAGUGGCACCGUCAGGGGAGCCUAUGUGGAGAAGUACCUGCUGGAGAAAUCCCGUCUGGUGUACCAGGAGCACAAUGAGAGGAACUACCAUGUGUUCUACUACCUGUUGGCCGGAGCCAGUGAAGAGGAGAGGAAGUCCUUCCAUCUGCUCAAACCUGAGGAAUACCACUACCUCAACCAGAUGACAAAGAAAUCGUACAAACUCCACUGGGACAAUUACUAUGAGAGCGAGCUGCAGGACUGCUUCACGGUGGAAGGAGAGGAUCUGAAACACGACUUUGAGCGGCUCCAGCUGGCCAUGGAGAUGGUCGGCUUCCUACCCAGCACACGCAAACAGAUCUUCUCCCUACUGUCGGCAAUCCUCCACCUGGGUAACAUCCGCUACAAGAAGAAGACCUACAGGGACGAUUCAAUCGACAUCUGCAACCCAGAGGUCCUGCCCAUCGUCUCAGAGCUGUUAGAGGUAAAAGAGGAGAUGCUGCUUGAAGCGCUUACGACCAGGAAAACUGUGACUGUUGGCGAGAGGCUGAUCGUGCCCUACAAACUUGCUGAGGCGGGCACGGUGAGAGACUCCAUGGCCAAGUCACUGUACAGUGCGUUGUUUGACUGGAUUGUGUUCAGGACCAACCAUGCCCUGCUAAAUAACAAGGAUCUGGAGGACAGUUCAAAGAUCCUGUCCAUAGGAGUCCUGGACAUCUUUGGUUUUGAGGAUUACGAGAACAACAGUUUUGAACAGUUCUGCAUCAACUUCGCCAAUGAGCGUCUCCAGCACUACUUCAACCAACACAUCUUCAAAUUAGAACAGGAGGAGUACAGGGCAGAGGGCAUCACCUGGCACAACAUCGACUACAUCGACAACAGCGGCUGCAUCAACCUGAUCAGCAAGAAACCCACAGCUCUGUUCCACCUGCUGGAUGAGGAGUGCAAUUUUCCCCAGGCUUCCAAUCAGACCUUGCUGGACAAGUUCAAGCGUCAGCAUGAAGGAAACAGCUACAUCGAGUUCCCUGCUGUCAUGGAGCCUGCCUUCAUCAUCAGACACUACGCUGGGAAGGUCAAGUACGGAGUCAAGGACUUCAGGGAGAAGAACACCGACCACAUGCGUCCCGACAUUGUGGCCUUGCUGAAGAGCAGCAAGAACGCCUUCAUCUGCGGCCUGAUGGGGAUCGACCCCGUGGCGACUUUCCGCUGGGCCGUGCUGCGAGCUUACUUCAGAGCCCUGGUGGCUUUCAGGGAGGCCGGCCGCAGACACACCCACAAAAAAACUGGGAAUGAUGCAGCAGUUCCCUGUACUGUUGUCAAAACCGUUGACAGCUUCAGUUUCCUCCACCACCCGGUUCACCAGAGGAGCCUCGAGAUCCUUCAAAGGUGCAAAGAUGAGAAAUACAGUAUCACUAGAAAGAAUCCCCGGACUCCUUUGUCCGAUCUUCAAGGCACCAACGCCCUGAACGAAAAAGCCAGCUGGGAUGGCUACGGUGUCGGCUGCAACGGCCGCAGCUCCAGGUCGAGUCGUCUCUCCUCGACGGGAAGUCCCGCCCUGGAGGAGGACGGGAUCUUCCUCAACUCGACCAACAGCAAGCUCCUGGAGAGAGCUCAGGGUAUCCUGCUGAGGAACAAAAACUGCAAAAGCAAGCCGACCCUUCCUAAGCACUUGUUGGACGUUAAGUCUCUGCGCUACCUGAGCAGCGUGACGCUGCACGACCGCAUCACCAAGUCCCUGCUCCACCUGCACAAGAAGAAGAAACCGCCCAGCAUCAGCGCACAGUUCCAGGCAUCCCUCAAUAAACUGAUGGAGACGCUUGAUCAGUCGGAGCCGUAUUUUGUCAAGUGCAUUCGAUCCAACGCUGAGAAGCUGCCGUUGCGUUUCAACGACAGCCUGGUGCUCAGGCAGCUCAGAUACACAGGUAUGCUGGAAACCGUCCGGAUCCGCCAAUCCGGAUACAGCAUCAAGUACACCUUCCAGGACUUUGUGCAUCACUUUCACGUGCUGCUGCCUCGAGGCACGAGCCCAACCAAGUCAGGUAUCAGGGAGUUUUUCAGACGGAUUCACCUGCUGCCAGCUGGGUAUCAAGUGGGCAACACGAUGGUGUUCCUGCGAGAGGUGGAGCGUCAGCGACUUCAGGCCCUCCUCCAUCAGGAAGUCCUGCGGCGAAUCGUCACACUGCAGCGCCGCUUCAGGGCCGUCCUUGAAAGGAAGCACUUCGUGAACAUGAGACAAGCUGCCUGUGCCAUCCAGCAAUGGUGGCGAUGCUGCCUCUUCAAACAGUCCACCAUAGACUCGAGCAUUGAGGAGGGGGCGGCGGUUUGUCUGCAGGCGGCCUGGAGGAGCUACAUGGAGCGCAGGAGGUUCCUGCAGUGGCGGGACUCUGCCAUCGUCAUACAGAGGAGCUGGAGAAACUGCUGCCAUCGCAGAUCUUUGGCAGCCGUGACGGUUCAGACAGCGUGGCGGGGAUUCAGAGAGAGGAGCCGCUACUGUCGGAUUCACAGGACUGUGACGCAGCUGCAGACGAUGGGCAGAGGAUACCUGGCGAGACUCAGGUUCAGAAAACUGACAGAACAGCAUGAAAGAGUGCAACUCAGCAGGCAACAGAGUCCACCGGCGGAGAUGGACGCAGGAACCAUGGAGGACCUCACCUCAUCAGGACAGGAAAGUUAUGUCCCUGCAGAACUUCCUGAAGACUCUAAGCCAGUUUUCUUCGAUGUAGGAGAGACAGAGAAAGAAGAGGACUCAGAGCGGAGUAGGAGCGUAGAUGAGACAAGCCAUAAGAACCGUUCAAAGCGUGAGAGCAGACGAAUGAGAGAGCUGGAGCAGGCACAGUUCAGCUUGGAGCUUCUGAAGGUCCGGACCACCAGCGCGGGAGGUCCUGUGCAAGAAGACUCGGUCCCAGAAAACAGUUCCUCUCAGCUGGAAGAGGAUCACAGACAUUCACCCCGAGGAUCCCCAGCUAGUCAUGAAAGUUUUGAAGUGCUCAGUGUAGAGGACAUGGAGGCUGAAGGCUCUGGAGCUUUUGGUUCCCAGUCGACAGCACCUCAAGAACAAUCCCAAACUGUAGAUAUUCAAGUACAUGAGGGUCUGAGGGAUUCAAACCAUAAUGAAAAGCCUAUAACCGAGGGUCCCAGGGCAACAUUUUAUAUCGCUUCUGACCAAAGUCCAGUUCAUGAACCAAAAUUUGAAAACCCCAGCAAAUCUCACAAAGAGAGAAGGGAGUCCAUGUCUCGAAGGCCAGUAGUGGUUUUAAUCAGUAUGCAGAAGGAGAGCCCUGUGGAGGAGGGGGAGCUGCUGGCAGCCCAAACCCUGGAAAGAGCUCCUCAAACAGGAACAGCAUCAUUCAGUUCUCAAAUGACCCCCAUUGUGGGCUUGGAGGUGGGAUCAGAGAUCGAGCAGGCUAAUGGGACUGGAACCCAGGCCAAAAGAGAUGUAAAUGGGGUGGACAAGUCCUCUAAGGUCCCCUCUUCAACCACUCGUGGAUCAAGUCCAGAAGUACCGGAGAUUUCCUCCUCAGAGGUGGAUAUCCAGAUCAUCCUGGAGCCCAGGCCCACUGUUCCCAGUCAGCAGGACAGGAAGGUGGGGCAGCCUGCACAGGAGGCUCCCAGCCCGAUCCUGGACACCAAACCACCCAAAGCCCAGAAGAAGAGCUCAGGCCAGACUGUGAUUGUGAACAUGGUGGAGAAACCGUCCAACACAGUGUUCUCCCCACCCAGACGCAAGCUGCCCUUCUCCAAGUCAGAUAAGGAUUUGGUGAACCAGGAGAGAUCCCUUGCCAUGUUCAGGGACGACUCUAAAUCUGCUGGAUCCAGAAACAGAGAGCAGGUGGUCCGUCCGGGCCCCAAAAAGAAAGCUCGAAUGUCCCGGACGCGCUCCGACUUCCUCACCCGCUGUAACUCUGAGGGGGCGACCCAGUCAGACGACGACGAUGAAUACUACAUCCCCGCCCACUCCCGCACGCUGCCCCCCGCCCUGUCUUCCCCACACGCCCACCCCGAGGCUGACUGUCACAGUGACUCAGAGAUGCCUUCUCAUAAAGACCAGAAGAAGAUCCAUAAGACCAUGUCAUCAGGAGACCUGGGCAAGGUGGAGGUCCUCAGGAAAACCUCCAGUCAAGAUGGAAGCAGGAUGAGAGGGAAGAUGCGAUUCUGGAGUAAGACGAAACAUGGAGAGAAGAAACUGUCAAGAGAGAAGCAGGCGAGCAGGACUGAAGCUGGAGAGACACAUGAAGGCCCGUCUCCUCCUCGCAGUCCGGACCUGGAGGCGGCUCCUUCCCGGGGGGUCAGGGACAGUAAGGAGAACAAAGAGCCGUCCCCCAAAAUGAGGAGGCGUCGCAGUGUGAAGAUCAGCAGCAUCGCUCUGGAGCCCGCCCAGUGGCAGAACGACGCUCUGCACAUCCUCACGUCGGCCCACGACUACCGCAGCAUGAACGACUUCCUCAUGAAGAAGAUCGCUGACCUGGACUCUGAAGAUGGUAAGAAGGACACCAUGGUGGAUGUCGUCUUCAAGAAAGCGCUGAAGGAGUUCAGGAUCAACAUCUUCAACUCGUACUCCACCGCUCUGGCUAUGGAUGAUGGCAAGAGCAUCCGUUACAAGGAUCUUUACGCCUUGUUCGAGCACAUCCUGGAGAAGACCAUGCGUCUGGAGCAGAGAGACUGGAGCGAGUCGCCGGUGAAGGUGUGGGUCAACACCUUCAAGGUCUUCCUGGAUGAAUUCAUGACUGAAUACAAGCCCAUGGAGGGAACCAUCGGCAGGGCUCCUAAACGUGAGCGCAAGAAGUCGAGGAAGAAGGAAACUGACAUUGUGGAGGAACACAAUGGCCACAUCUUCAAGUCCACCCAGUACAGCAUCCCUACCUACUGCGAGUACUGCUCCUCCCUCAUCUGGAUGAUGGACCGAGCCUGCGUCUGCAAACUGUGUCGCUACGCCUGCCACAGGAAGUGCUGCUCCAAGAUGACGACCAAGUGCAGUAAAAAGUACGAUCCGGAGCUGUCGUCUCGACAGUUCGGCGUGGAGUUGUCCCGCCUGACCAGCGAGGAGCGGACGGUGCCACAACUGGUGGAGAAACUCAUCAACUACAUCGAGAUGCACGGCCUCUACACGGAGGGGAUCUACAGGAAGUCGGGCUCCACCAAUAAGAUCAAGGAACUCCGGCAGGGGCUGGACACAGAUGUGAACAGUGUGAACCUGGACGACUACAACAUCCACGUCAUUGCCAGUGUUCUCAAACAGUGGCUGCGUGACCUGCCCAGCCCUCUCAUGACCUUUGAACUGUACGAGGAGUUCCUCAGGGCCAUGGGUCAGCCAGACAAGCGGGAGGUGAUCCGAGGGGUGUAUUCGGUGAUCGACCAGCUCAGCAGGACACACCUGAGCACACUGGAGCGCCUCAUCUUCCAUCUGGUCAGGAUCGCCCUGCAGGAGGAGACUAACAGGAUGUCAGCCAACGCACUCGCCAUCGUGUUCGCGCCCUGCAUCCUUCGCUGCCCGGACACCAUCGACCCGCUGCAGAGCGUCCAAGACAUCAGCAAAACCACCGCGUGCGUGGAGCUGAUCAUCAACGAGCAGAUGAGAAAAUACAAAGCUCGUCUGAAGGACAUCAGCAGCCUGGAGUUUGCGGAGAGCAAAGCCAAGAGCAGACUGACCCACAUCAGGAAAUCCAUGAGCAAAGGCCGUGUUCGACAAAGCAGCACCCACACGCCCUCGCCUCCUCUCAGCCCGCGGGCGCCCCCUGAGGUGGAUGGAGAGAGUGCGGGAGGAGGCGGAGGCGGAGGAGGCGGAGGAGGAGGAGGAGGAGGAGAGGAUGCAGCAGAGGCCGGGCUGAACGAGCAGCAGCAGCUGGCGAUGCAGCAAGAGGAGCGGAUCCUCACCGAGCAGAUCGAGAGUCUGCAGAAAGAGAAGGAGGAGCUGACGUAUGAGAUGUUGAUCUUGGAGCCGCGGGCGUCCGACGAUGAGACUCCUGAAUCUGAGGCCUCCAUCGGGACAGCAGACAGCUCUGAAAAUAUCACCAUGGAGACCAAGGGAGCCACCUCCGACCCCUCUGAGCGCGGAACUUAUCGCGCCAGAAAGUCGGAGGCAAAGAGCAGACGAGCUCUGCGCCGUCAGCCGGACUCCCAGGACUCAGCAGACUCCACCUCCACCAUCUCCUCCUACCACCCCUCGUCCUCUCUCUCUUCUAACGCCUCCGGCUCUCCGUCCCCUCACUACCGGUUCCGCUCCUCCUCCUCAGGGCCCCUGCUCACCUCCUGCGGUUUGGGGGCCCCGUUGGCCGAGGCGGAGGGGGGCCACCGAGCCGGCAAGACCCAGCACAGGCUCAGGCUGAGCCGCAGCUCGCCACGCGAGCCCUCGGGAAGCCACCGCAGGGAGUCGGACUUCAGCUCGGGGCCACAGCAGCUGGUUCUGUACGGCAGCAACGAGUUCAUGGUGUGAAGCCGGGGAGGGAAGGAACGCCGGCCGCCGCCUGUUCGAGCGCAGGAGGGUGCGCGAGAAGGGGAGGAGGGAGAGUCCGGGGUUGGACGAGGCUGGUCGCGGGGCGAAGUUCGUGCCCAGGGUCGCCCGCUGCCCCUCCUCGGUGCCCACCCUCCUCCUCCCCUGGUCCAGUCAAAGCAGAGAGCUGAGGGACUAAAAGAAGAGAAGACAGGAAACAUUACACGGAGGGACAAACCAACAGACUAAACAGGUUGAAGGAGGAAGACUGACGAAUAAUGUGAAUAGCAGAAAGAGUGAAGUGAAAAGCUUGUUGACCCUCUGAUCUCAGUGCUGUUUGGCCCCUGCUGGAGCACCAGGGGUCGGUUAAAGGAGAGAGAAGAAGAAGAAGAAGGGAAGGACGGGUAGUGAGACACAGAAAGAAACCCACACCUGCAAAGCCAAAUCUUAUAGUGCCCUGUCUUUAUUUUUUAGCAUGUGGGCAGGUGGUUAAAGCCACCCAGAAGAAAUGUAGCCAUAUUGACUGAACUGGCGGACAUUUUGUCUGUAACCAGCACCAAGCUAAGUCUGCUUUUCACGUUUACACAGGACACACCAGCCAAGAGGCUGCAUGCUUCUCCAUCACAUUUUUUCCUACAUCAGUUUGAAGAAACUGUACAGAAAUAUGUCACAGCUGUAUGUUACAUAUUAUUAUUAUUAUUAUUAUUAUUAUUAUUAUGUUACAGAGGAAAGAAGUGUACAUAGAAAGAAACUCCAGUGCUGCUCCUGGGUCGUUCAUUGUUGAUUAGUCUCUAUUUCCCGUUCUUUGCAAAGUGAAGUGUCUGGAACUCAGGUUCCACUUUUGUUUCUGUGCUGGUUUUGUUCAAUUUCCUGUCAUUUGAUAUUUUUUUUCUCUUUUUCUAUUUCACAAUGAACAGAGCCAGCUUUGAGUUGUCCUUGGGUUAUACUCUUGAGAAAUAAUAGAAGGAAAAGCUGUCGAUCUGCGCAUACGUUGGGUUUCACCCGUACUUGACCCGACGUGUCAAAUGCCAGUCAGCCAUAAGUGUUUUAAAUCUGCCUUUCCCCGCAAGCUUUCUGUUUUUUCCCUCUGUUUUACUCAGAAACAUCAGUGUUACUUUGUCAGGACUUGAAUUUUUUAAAUAUAUAUUAUUGCUGUAUUAUAGGUGUUGUUAUUGAUAUCAAAGAUGUCAUGUUUUUGUCGUCAAUAUUGUUUCACGGUUUAUUUUUGUUCAGAUGAAAGCCAUUUUUUCUUUCCUGUCUGUGUCUGUGUGUGUGUGUCUGUGUGUGUGUGUGCGCGUCUGAAUGAAUGAGUGAAUAAUUCCUGCCACUGUAUCAGCUCCCAUUCUGAGAAUGUGUAGUCGUCACUAGGCACACAUACGCUAGUGUUUCCCCUGAAAUAUUAUUCCUAGGAGGGUGGAAAAAAUCUCUGCAACCAUCAAGUGACACUUAAAAAAACUAACUCAGACUUAAGAAUUAUUUCAUUAGACUGAGUUUCAUUGCACCUGUGGGGGAGACUCUUGCAUUCGCCGACUCACUCGAACCGUCCACGUUGUCCUCUGAGCCAUCCAAUAUACUGUCUUCUUCUUCUUGUUUAACAAACAUAACGGUAGCUCUUCCAUCCUCUUCUCUCCCAGCUCUGGCUGUGAAAAAGUAGCAUUUAAUCUGCCUGUUAACCAGACAAAAACAAGUAGCGCCUAACUCAGACCGUCCUCGUGUUUCUGCAUAAUCUUACUCUCUCUCCGUCUCUGUCCAUACAGUAGCAGUGUAGUAUUCAGUUUUACGGGCCUACUCAGUAGCUUAACAGCAAUGAUGUCUCUGUACUAAAGCUGCAAUAUCUCUCCUUGCUUGCUGCGUCUGCGAUCAGAUACUUUUGGGCGACCUUUGCUCCGAUCUCACCAACACAAUCAGUAUUAAUCAACUUUUCCCCGAAGCCUGAAGUCUCAGUGAAGACUGCGCUGAUCUCAGUUUUAAUGCAGGUGUGGAGACUUGCAACAUGUCGUCUUUUUUUUAGAACAUUAACUGUAGACCUGUUUAGAAGAGAGAGAACAGUUUGGGAGGUGAGCUGAAAAGGACAAAAACUGAUUCCUGGUCAAAUAUCUUUAAGCUGGUAUUUGAAGGGAUGGUGUUUGUACAUGUCCAGGCUGUCUAUAUGGCAUUCUGCAAAAAACAAAAAAAAAAACCACAAAAAAAAAAAAGAAAAGAAAAAAAGUGAAUGUAACUGUCACUGGAAGGCAUGCUCUGCUUUCUCUGGUUGUUUUUGUUCCUCUUUUAUACACAGUGUAUGUACUAUUUAUGAUCAUGCGUUUGGGGUGUACAUUGGUUUAAAAGAAUCUGUUAUAAAAGGUGUUAUAAAAGGAUAUAUUAUCCUGUGUACGGUUCAUUAUCUACUAUUAAUCAUGGCAACAUUUUAACAGGCCAAACCUGGUCUGUCCUGUUCGUGCUACGAAGCGAAAAAAAGAAAAGCAUUGUGUCUCUGUCUGCGCCACUCUGGACACGGUUAUGUAUAAGGUGCAAUUUGUGUUAUAUUUCUUUUUUUAAUGAUAUAAACAUGUCUAUGGUUAUAAGAAAAAAAAAGACUUUAUGGGGGAAAAUUCAUCUGCUUAUUAAAAAAGCAAAACUGCAGCCAAACACAAGUGAGUUGUGUAAUAUUUUGCCUGACCAGAAAUGUGUAUUUGUACUGUGAAAGGAUGUCACUUUCAACUUCUCCUUAUUUCACAAGUGUUAUCAACAUCACAGAUGUGCUUUUCUUUUCAAUAUAAGAUGUACAGUUUUAGUUUUCUUGUAAAACAAUCGAAGUUAUAUUUGCAUUCACUGUUACAUACCAAAACACACUGUCUGUAUCGUC